GGCUGACAACGUCAUGAACUUCGACACUGAUGGUUAUUGGGACACCUCGGAUCUCGAAGGCCCCGCGAUACACGCUCCUGCUGAUAUCAAAGCCAUCGUCGUCAACAAGUACCGGAUCGAGUGGCUCAACAUCUCAGACCCCACCAAGGACUUUUACGCCAAGAACCAUAUGGUUGCCACCGUGCUCUUCGCCCAGUCCCAGUGUAUCAAUAACGAAUGGUACUUAUCGGCUCGGCUCUCGAUGGAACUCGGACCUGAGAAGGUCGUUCCAGAUGCUAAUGAGACAUUGGUGUCCGGCAGCGAGUACAACCCUGGUGUCUAUACCCUCGCCAUGCUGAGCCGCGAUACGCCGACUUUUAGUGCCGCCCACUAUUUGACAUACCCGCUCCGCCAAGGGACCACCAUCGGCACGCUUAUCGACAAGAUUAUCGACAAGAAGAUGCAUCAUUUCUUAUUCUUACCUUACACGUCGGAAAGCCGCUGGAAAGGGUGUGGAGAUCAUAUCCUUCACUGCUGGGCGGUGUUUUUCCGCGACGGCGACAUCACCAGCGAGUGGUCGGAGGAGAACUUCGGUAAGACACUCAGCGAGGAGCUGACCCAGACCUAUAUCCUGGGCGGUGCCAGCACUUACGCGCGAAUCGGCCGUGGCUGGUGGCUCUCCCACCAGCCGCUUGAGGACAUUUACGCUCCCGAAUCCGUGUUCAGCACUGCUGAUCCUAACUUCCAACGCCGGAAGUAGGCCCCAUGGCUCUCCGGCCCUUUCCAUCGCUACCACGUGCUCGUCCCACAGUCAUAUCUACGUGUGUUUCCCUUCUUCCCCAUUUAUAUAUUGUCCUGUGUUUUGCUCCCUGCUCCCGCCUUACAUGUAAAUUAAAAAUGUAUUAAUGAUCUCUCUCAAUAUACUCUGCUGUCCCG